GGUUAAUGCCAGAGAUCGGCUCCUGCCGUCAGAUUUCAUACGCCCGCCCGCAUCCCGGCGCAAUAGUGACCCCGCUAUCACCUUCAUUAAGCGGGGGGGGUGUCUGGGGACAGUCGCGGCGAUCGCCCACAUCGGCGUGCGGUCAGCUAAGGGCUCUGUGAGACAGAGCGCCGUGCACAGACUGGUUAGCCAGAAUCUUUCCGGGAGCCCGCAGCUCGCAUCACCUCGCCUGCCGCGCUCCAUCACUCAAGCUGCGGCUACCGCACUGAUAGCCCCCACGAGCCAUGCGGCAGUGGUGCCUUCCGGCCAUCCCUCCCAGUUCCGAACCUCUCCUGACGGGUGUGCAGUCUCCUCGGCUGUCUGGUUCUGCAAUAGAUGCCAGCAUGGAGUGCUGUGAGGUGGAGCCGCGGUACACCAUCGAGCAGAUUGACCUGCUGCAGCGCCUGCGCCUAUCGGGGAUGUCCAAACCGCAGAUUGUUCACGCGCUGGAAUCCCUGGAAUGGCUGGACGCCGAGCCCGGUGGGGUGCUGUGCUGUGACACCCAUGCUGCCCCCACCAACGCCCAGUCUUCCUCCUCCCUCUCCUCCUCCUCCUCCCUCACCUCUGCCAGCACUCAGACCCCCAGCCUGGAUGCCUCCCCAUCACCCAGUAACAGCUAUGAGGCCUCGCCUCCACCUGUCUACUCCGUCAGUGGAGGUCAGAGGUCAUUUUGCUACGAACUGGCAGAGGAGGACUGGGAUGUGGAGGAGAAAGUAGAAGAGUACAUGAGGAGGGACACCAACGUGGUGAAGGAGGAGAUCAAGGUUUUCCUCAACAGCAGGAGAAUCUCUCAGGCAAUUGUGGGACAGGUCACAGGGAUCAGCCAGAGCUACAUCUCGCAGUGGCUGCUUCAGCAGGGUCUGGAGAUGAGUGACUCCAAACGGAGGGCAUUCUACCGCUGGUACCUGCUGGAGCGCAGUAGCCCAGGUGCAACAUUGUCAUUUCGGCCCCUUGUGAAAGAAGAGCCCGACUGGAGGGCCAGUGUCAGCCCUGGUGGGGGUGGGGGUGGGGGCGGAGCUGGAGGCGGAGCAGUGGGAGGUGCCAUGAGGCUGCGCAGAGGGAGCCGCUUCACAUGGAGGAAGGAGUGCCUGUCCAUCAUGGAGGGUUUCUUCAUGGAGAACCAGUAUCCUGACGAGGCAAAGAGAGAGGAGAUUGCCAAUGCCUGCAACUGUGUGAUCCAGAAACCAGGCUGCAAGCUGUCAGAGUUUGAGCGUGUUACAGCACUGAAGGUAUACAACUGGUUUGCCAAUCGCAGGAAGGACAUGAAGAGACGGGCUAACAUAGAGGCCGCUAUCCUGGAGAGCCAUGGGAUCGAAGUUCCUAGCCCCAGCUGUCACUCAAAUGGGGAGGAGGGGGAGUCGCAUGAGCUCAUGGAGCAUCAAGAAGAAGUUUCGUCCAGAAAAGACGUAGAGCAAGACACAACCUCAUUGGUCACUGGGGUGAUGACACUUCCAAGCACCACCCUGCAUCUGGCCAAUCAAAAAACAGAUGAUUUGAAAAGGGAGGCAGCUGAUGAGGAGUGAUAUUUGGGGUAAAGUGUAGGGACAUAAGGAUGUAGGGAACAUGGAAGGGUCCCUUCUUCGGGCUUCAAGAAGACAGUUCUCAGCCCAAAAAUGGCACUGGGGAUUCCUCUAGUGUCUCCCUCUAGAGGCAAGGAGGCCAUUGUAUGCAUUUACGAUAGUAACCUUAAUAGUACUGGCAACUGUUAACAAUAUUAAUCUGUAUAUAGUGCAUUCUAAGAUCAGAUGAGGUCACAACUCUGGAUGGGAGGAGAAUAAGUAAGCAGCGAAGCCCCGCCCCUCCCCCUACCUCAGCAAAUAAUUUUUACUUUUUUGGAUUUCUUCAAAAAAAGAAUUCAAAUUCAUCUUGAUGAACUGAACAGCUCAUUGUGAAGCAGUAGACAUGGGCAAAGCCAUCUGGAGUUUGUGUAUGUAUGUAAUGUAAUGUAAUGUAAUGGAGUGUUUGAAGUAAGGAAUUGUGGGACAGCUGAACCUGCAGGACAGAGUUUAAGGACUGUGACUUUGGGCUCGAUAAUUUUUUUUUCUU